AUGGACAUUUCUGCGGCGGCGACUACGGCGGCGGUGGCUCCGGUGACUGCACGGGUAAACAUGAAUAAGAAGCCCCCCUCACCGUGUGGUGGGGAAGUAGAAAUUGACGGAGCGGUGACGCCGGCAAAAAACAGAAAAAGCCCGAUCAACGGAUCCGUUAACGGGAUCCAUCACAUGCCGUGUGCUACUAAUAUUACUACGGUAUGUGUUCCAACCUCGCAUCGGAGAACUGGCAGUGACAAAAAGGUUGGCGACCCACAAGACAGCACGAUGAAGCCGCCAGAGAACGGGGCGAUGUCGCUCAGGCAAAAAAGACUGGAUUCAAUCUAUCAAAAAUUGCAGCCGAAGUUAUUCGCAGCGAAGAGGGUGGAGGAGCUCUUAUUUGAUGACAAAUUUUUAACGCGACUGUUUUUCUAUUUCUGGCCGUUCGAAAGGUGUGUUCUUGCACAGGUAUGCAAGAAAUGGAGAGCCAUUCUAUAUCAAACCAAAUUCUGGCGUGACUUCACCCCUAUCUUGCACCGACGGGAUCUGUACGACUCAAUCCAAAAGGCAGAUGAAAAAAGAUUCACCGACUUAUCUAGUUUCUACCAAAAAGGCAUCGAAAACGUAUGUCUCGUGAAUGUUUCAGAUCUGGAUAUCUGCGAAUUUAUUGACAACUACCCACAGUCUAAAAAGUGCAUCAAGGCGAUUAGUCUGAAACGCUCAACCGUUACUGAUGCGGGUCUUGAGGUCAUGCUAGAGCAGCUGACCACUGUUAAUAAGCUCGAACUCAGCGGAUGUAACGACUUCACUGAGGCAGGCCUAUGGUCAAGUCUGAACCCACGGAUAACCUCUUUGGGUAUAAGUGACUGUAUUAAUGUUGGUGACGACAGUGUCGCCGCAAUCGCGCAGAGGUUACCUUGUCUACACGAACUCAAUCUGCAGGCUUACCACGUGACUGACAACGUUAUGUCGUACUUCACCCCCAAGCAGAGCUGCACAAUGUCGAUAUUACGUCUGAGAUCUUGCUGGGAGAUCACUAAUCACGCUAUUUUAAACAUAGUGCACACGCUACCGCACUUGACAACACUCAGCUUAUCAGGGUGCAGCAAAAUCACCGACGAUGGCGUCGAGCUAAUUGCUGAGAAUAUGCAUAUGCUGAAGUCGCUCGAUCUGUCCUGGUGCCCGCGAAUUACGGACGCUUCGCUGGAAUACAUCGCCUGUGAUCUACCUAAGUUAGAAGAGCUGAUUUUGGACAGGUGUGUACGGAUUACAGACACAGGUAUGGGUUUUCUGUCUACGAUGAGCUGCAUGAAGACACUCUAUCUGAGAUGGUGUUGCCAAGUACAAGACUUCGGACUACAACAUCUCUACAGUAUGAGAACUUUACACGUGUUGUCACUAGCAGGUUGUCCGUUGUUGACAUCGGCUGGGCUAUCUGGACUAGUGCAAUUACGUAACCUGGAAGAACUGGAGCUAACCAACUGCCCUGGAUCUUCUCCUGAGCUGAUACAGUACUUCAUGAUGCAUCUGCCAUGGUGUGUCGUCAUUCAAUAAAUCAUAUGAUAGCAUAUGUGUUCAUACAAGAAUAUUCGAUUUGACAAGAGUGGAUUGUACACCUAUUCUGCAUAUGUAAACACGACAUUGGAUGUGUUAAAACUUUAAGUUACCGCAAUGAACAAAUAAUGAAUGGUAGGUGACCGAGUGGCAUAAAUGUCGAUAUUGAUAACACUGAUGCUUCUACAUUGAAGUAAAACAUUACAAACCGG